CAGCAGCAGCAGCUCAGUCACUGGAGCGUUCGCCUAUGAGCCGCAAGAGACUCAAGUAGAUGUUGACGAAGUCGACGGAGAGCAGCAGCGCAGCAGCAGCAAAGUCGUCUUCUUCAAAAGAAACAGAUCCUCUUUUAAUGAUGAGUUGCGUGUCAAGAACAAGAUAAAAAGAAAAGAGCAGCAAGCUGCAUGCGCUGUAGAGCGCAUGCAGCCCCGGGAGCAGCAGCAGCAGCAGCAGCAGCAGCAGCAGGUUGAAGCCCAGCAGCGCAGCAACGCCCACGCAAGACGUGAAGUCGUGCUGCGUCUGGCACGCGAAGAGAGACAAAAAGAGAGAGAUGCAGCAGCAGCAAAAGAGAGAAAUGGAAAUAUAUUUUAUUUCGAAAAAACAAGAAAUGCUGCCAACUAUUAA